GGAGGCGGGGCUAGGCUCGAGCAGGGAGCGGAAGAGGCCCGGGCGGCUCGGUGAGGCGCUGAUACCGUUUCGCGGUGAGUCGGGGCCAGACGCACCUCAAAGGCCUAGAACCUGGGAGACACCAGAACAAACGGAAAGACUUGGGGUUUCCGAUCAGUCUUCGCUGCUGCUGCUUCUACUGCCGCGGACGCCUCUCUCCCCGCCGCCGGAGGACACGGCCUUGAGAGGCCUGUAGGCCUAGGCGGAGCCCGACGUGUUGCUGCCGUGAGUAAAACGAGCGCCCUCUCCACAGUCGUUUACAAAUUAAAAUGGAGGAAAUUUCGUUGGCUAACCUGGAUACUAACAAGCUAGAGGCCAUCGCUCAGGAGAUAUACGUAGACCUGAUAGAGGAUUCCUGUUUGGGAUUCUGCUUUGAGGUGCACCGGGCAGUCAAGUGUGGCUACUUCUACCUGGAGUUCGCAGAAACUGGUAGCGUGAAGGAUUUUGGCAUUCAGCCAGUGGAAGACAAAGGAGCUUGCCGCCUCCCUCUUUGCUCCCUUCCUGGAGAACCUGGGAAUGGGUCUGAUCAGCAGCUGCAACGCUCACCUCCGGAAUUUCAGUAGCUGCAGCAUGGGAGAGCCUGAGAGUGACCAGGACAGUAACAUAGACUGGUCCUGUGGCUUGGAGGAAUAAGCUAAGUAGAAAAAGAGUCAGACAAAAGUCCCAAUUCCCUUUGAAGAGCCUAACAGUUAAAAUUCCAAAGUGGAGAAUUUAAGAUUUUGGAUCCUGAAGUGUAUUACCUGGAGCCAACUUUUGGAACGCUGAGCAGAAGUUGCACAGCCUAAAUACCAUGCAGUGUGUGUUGAUCUGUGAAUACACCAGGAUGUGCUCAGGAUCUCUAUACUGCCCCCAGUGCAUGGGUGAGCAGUUCUGUGCCCAGCAUAUAAAAUUCUUUGGUUCCUCAGCUUUUCUGUCUGCCUGAAGUCAAGGGCUUCCCGGACAGUUUGGACAUUAUUGAUGGUCAGGCAGUAAUUAGUGGACUUCAGUAAGACUUUUGAUCUCUGAGCCUCCAAUUUGGGCUUCUCUGAGACAAACGAAAGUCAGGUAUGACAUCUGGAUAUUCACAGUUUUAAUUUGGGAAAACUAAGAAAAAUAAUUCCAGUUGAAUUUGGUAGGGAAAUUCUGUGGCCUUGACUCCAACAAGAAGAAAAAUCAGAACCAUCAUUUUCCAGAGGUCCAGCAUUUACAUUGAUUCCAACGGACUUGGAGGAAAGGUCUAGCCUUUGACUGAGCAGAGCCUCUUCAUUGCCUUUUUACCCAGUGGCAUAGCCUUGGCAAGUGGACAACGUGGUUGCCCAGACAGGCUCAUUCUUUAGUUAAGAUCCCUGGGUAGGUAGGAGGGACUUCUGCAACUAUGCACGAUCUCUCAAAAUGCAAGAUUCAGAUCUGGAUGUAUUAUGAAAUGGAUCUAAGUUUGGUGGGGCAGUCAUUUCUUAUUCUGUGUUACUGGUUAUCUAGCCAGUUCGUGGUCUGGCUUGGUCAUUACCUGCCUCCCACCCAGAGGCAGUCCUGAGCUAUAGAAGAGCAUCAUGGCUGUUCAGGAGAGUGAUUUGAAAACUGAGCCCAGAGGGGACCUUUUCCAGCUGCCCUCAAUAAUGUAAAAGGAUUAGUGCUAGGAGCCAAGGAGUAGGACUGGGUCAUCUGUCAUCUGACUGUGCAGCAUCCUGUCGAAUGCCUCUGUUCCUUUGGUUAAGCAGUUCAGAGCUCUCCUAUGGUGAACAUCAGACUGUCUCCACCUUUUCUGCCCUUCACAGGGGACAGUCCUUUCCACUUGGUCCCAUUUGGACCCUGACAUUAAGAGCAUUCCUUUUGUUGCUGAAAGUCAGGGAAGGACAUCCAGAAUGGCCUGGCUUCAGAAAAUGGGAUAGGAGAGAAUGGGAAAUGAGAGCUACAUAUUAAAAUUACCCUCUACUCCCUGAGUGAGGGUUUAUGAAGUAUAGAGGGGUGGGAGCCCCGGUGAGCGGAAUGGUGCUGCUUUAUUUGAAAUGUUUUCUUACCUCAUUCUGUGCCCAGUAAGGGGCCCAGCCUCCAGCCUCAUCUGUCUGGCUUGGCCACUUGUUCCUCCUGUCCCCUUCUCCACUGCCUAUCUGGUGCAGUUCAUGACCCCAGGUGCUGCUUGCCCCUCCAGCUUUCACAUUGACCAGUUUCAAUUCAUCUCUCUUAGUGCUCCCAUUUCUGAAGCCUGCCUACUUUCCUUUUCUUUGGCCACCUCUUAAAUUGUUUUGCUUUUUACCGUUUUUGUGGAAGAAUCUUUGUAGUUCUCUAUGUUGGGAUUGAAAUGGAAAGAGAACUUAAUUUGUACUUAAAAGGCAGGGUUAUGCCUAAGCAUUUCUUCUCUAUAGGACUGCCUUGCUAGUGUGCCCUUCUGCUCUGUCUUACUUCAUAAAGAGGUAUUUUCCCACCUCUGUUUGGAUACUGCCUCUUAGGCCCUAAAAAGAGCAGUAAACGCUGACACACACAGAGAUGGAGUUGGUCCUGAUCCACUUUCUCUAACCCUUGCCCUGCAUGUAUCUUUCCUUAUCUUGGAAGGAACUAUUUGGAAUAUGUGGAAUGACUUGGAGCAUAUACUCUGGAGGGUUAAGGAAGCCUUAGAGAUUUGGCCUUGAGACUAUCUAUUAUUGCCUUCUCCCUCUAUAGUCGUUUUAGCCAUGGUUGAUGUCUCCUUACAGAUUGGUCUUCAGUCACAGGAUUGUGAUAAUUUAAAAAAUAAACCUUGGUAAGUUAAAAUAAUUUGGUAUAACUUUGCUUUUGACUUUUUAUAGGCAUCUUCUAAGAGGAUGCAGAGGGAAAGGAGAUAAUUUAAGUGAGAUUCUGGCUUCCAAUAUUUCAGGAGCAGUAGAGGAGAAAGGCCAUUGUCCUAUUCCUUCAGAUAGGGAACUCAAAUUGUGACAUUACUGUUUCUUUUCUGGACUUGUCUCCUUCAGGUUAGAGGAAGAAGAAAAGGGAAAUACUUUUUUGAAUAAUGGUUUUUCACAUUACCUCCCUCUUAGUUUUUCACUCCCCACCAUUAGGGCUACAGCCUCCUCUCCUAGAUGGGUUUCAGGUGGCUCCCCAACAGGUGCCCUGAGAUGACACACUUCUUUUGGGGAGGGAAUGCUCCCUACCAUAUAGUUGACAGUGGUUAGGAACUCUCCCUUUCUCUACUUUCUAUCCCUCUUAACAGCAGAAUUCCUAUCUUUCCCUCCUCAAGUGUAUUGAUCACCCUGUAAUCCUAUUAUGUAUCUGAGUGUGUGUGUGUGUAUGGGGAAAAGGGGAUCUUUAAAAUUUCUGUGGUUUGUGGCUUUUUCUUCCAUACAUUAGUUCCCACCACCGCAUGCCCAGGGGCCACUGCCUGGCAUUAUCGCAUGCUGGGAUCAUUGGGGGAGGGUAGUGAAGCUCACCACUGAUAUUUGUUUUGGAGAUCUUAUUUUUGCAUAGUAGUCCAUCCAAUACAGGUAGCCUACUAACUGUGUAUUCCCCUUGUCCCUAUGGCUGCUGGUGUAAAUAAACUGCAUUUCCCCAUUGGUAAAUAGUAAUAAUAAAGAAAAUUUUAAAAAAUGAA